AUGUUCCAGCGAACAACACUGUGUUGCUACAGUGCUCUGAUUGGCCAGGCCACGCCAGUGUUUCUCGGUAGCAAGGGCGGUACGCCAAAGCGCAAGAAGAACCCGAUGCAGCUCCGUCGAAAGACGUACGGUCUUCACUUCAAAGAGCGCUACCUCAAGAUGGAGGAGUGGUACUACUGCCCUCUCUGUGCAGAGCCUAAGAAGCAAGGCGAGUGGUGCAGACGCGAGGACUGCCGUCAAAUCAAGCCGUAA